CCAGUAAAAAGUAACGGCACGGUCUGUGCGGAUUCGCGACAUUUCGCCACCUGUUUGUUUGUGUUUAUCUCUAGAACAUUGUCAAUUUUUUUGCUCUUCCAAAUAUUUGAAUCAGCUACGUCAUAAAUUGUCCUAGAUAUUUAGUUCAUUUUUAAUCCGAAAUCAUAAAUUAUUUAAGCUUGGCUAAAUAUUUGGUUAGGCAUUUUUUUCUGUAAGUAAUUAUCGAGGUAAUUAUAGGCAAUCAAUAGCCAAUUCCCCAUUACUUGCUUUAAUCUUUGAUCUUUAAUAAUUACAGCCUUGAUUCCUCAUAUCAGUGUCGCCAGCAUAAUGGCCGGCCAUGUUUGCCGGAGGAAGGCGAAGAUCCUCUAAUAUUCGAGUCAUGCAGUUGUUUCACGAACUGAAGCAGCAAUUUCCUACAGUACCCGAUCACAUUGUAACAGCUUGCAUAUCGGAGUACGCCAACCGGAACAUUCCGGAAGGUGAUCCUGAUCGAGAUACGUUUACAUUUCAUCAAGUAUUAGAAGCAGCGGCGGCCUUACGCUUGGCUGAAAAUCAAGAGCUCAUGGGCCGAACACUAGCGAAACCAAUCGAUCCUACCGUCUCCCUUUUGGAACCUUCGCUUAGCCAAAAUUCCGACAAUCCCAAAUCGUCCGACCGAUCCGAAAUGAACGAAGGUGAUAGUGACAUUAACCGAAACGUUGUUAAAUCGAGUGUGUUCUACGUAAAAGCGCCCGAGUGUGCGAGUGUCAGUGAGAAAAAAAGUUCACCGCAAAGGCCGAAUCGUUUGGAUAUUAAAACUAGUGAUGAAUCGAAAACGGGCGGGUUUAAUAAAAUUCAGCCCUCCGAACGUUGCUUUGAUUUACAAAAACUUCUGAAUACAGAUAACCUAAACGUGAAGCCCCCAAGAUCGCCCGUAGUUUCCAAACGUCUUGCAAGUACAAAAAACUCCCCAACAAAGUCAGACAAUACCAAAUCACCAUUGCCUUCACCGGAAACCCCGAGAAAGUCACAAUAUCAGGGUUCACUCGACAGUGGUAACUAUUCGGUUAGCGGAGUUUCGUCACACUCUCCAUCUGGUUUUAACUCAUUCGUCGGCAGUGCGUCGAAAAGGCUAGACUCGCCUUCCAAACGGCCGGAAACCGCCGAGACACCCACACAAACCUCGGACACGCUGCUCGGCGGCGUUAAUUUAUCCCUAAAUGUAAACUGCCAAAUGGACUUAGUUCAAUCGCCAACUAUACCAAAACAUAGCACCGCGCUUCAGCUAACCCCCCAGAUGCCCUGGUGUCAAAAUCCGCCAUCCCAAAGGAGCUACACCAGUGUUAACUUAACCUUAAGACCACCUUCGACCGAACCCCAACCUCCAAUCGACAUUACAUCGCAAAAUUCAAGUCUAACGUAUUCCACGAGCAGUUUUGACUCGCAGAAGGGCUUACAGAGCCGCCUGCAAAUCACGGUGGGACCAGGGGGAGGUAGUGUUUCAUCUAUUAGGACGAGGCCUAGAAGCAGUUAUUGUGUUCAGGAGGAAAGGAUUGAAGAGACUGUACCUGUUAGAGCCGGCUCGAUGCCUGAUUUAGCGACAAAUGUGACGUCGUCUGUGAUAAGCAAACAGCAAGCUCAUAUUGAAAGACUGCGAAUAGAAUUAAUAACUGAAAAGGGACGCCUAAUCGCAAUGCAGAAGGAGAUAAUAUCAUUAGAAACACCAAAUUCGAUAACGUGCAAAGUUGACGCGGAGAUAGAAAAGCAACUACAAAAAGAAAUUAGACAUUUAAGAGGUCAAUGCGAGCGGCUUACGUAUGAUGUGGAUCGACAUUCUGAAUCGAGAUUUCCUUUAGGCGAAACGAGCGAGGAGUUCUAUCAUAAUAUAUAUACAGGUCAACGUGGUCCAAUAACUUUAGGGUCUUCUGAACGUGUCGAAUCGAGGCAGAAUCCGAGACAAACAGUCCCCCUCGAGAUGGAAGAUCCGAAAUGGAAUUGCCACAUGUGUACAUUCCAAAAUCAUCCGCUUCUGGAUAAGUGUGAACAAUGCGAAAUGCCUCGCAUACUUCACGGUACGAAAAAUGAACCUCCAAAUCCCUGCCUACCGUUCGGAAUGGUUCCCCUUAAUGCUACUAACCUUGACUCAAGUUUAUGUGAUAUUUAUCCGCAAUUGCGACGAAGGCGGCAACCAUUUACAUGUGCAGAUUAAAUGCGUUAAGCGGAGUAAUGGCUCUGAGAGUAAAUAAACUGUGAUUUAUGUGACAAUACCAAUGAAACUUCACAGUUAUUGUUAUUAUACCAGAUAGGGUGAAUCUCCUUACUUAUGAAUAUGCAACCUCACAAGAAGCACCAUGUUGUCUUCAGUCAUUUGUUUUGUUUAAUUUAAAAACAAUUGAGGAUUAGUACCUUGUGUGGUUUUAUAUAGAAAGAUUCGCAUGGUGAUGGUAGCUCGCCCGAAAACGCUGUACCUGUAGUCAUGUCAUUUUGUUAUAAACUGUAAGAUUCUGUACAACAGUAAUAAACUAAUGACACUUGGCUAACAAUAAAUAAUGGCUCACCCUAUGCUGCAAUAAAUUAAAAUUAUACAUUUUUUCUAGUGUGUUAUUAACUUUAAGUAAGGUAAACUAUAUAAAAGGAAGUAAUGUUAAGUUGUGCUCUGCAUCAGAGUUGAUAUCCACCCGUCAAUUAUCACAAAUUAAGCAAACAAGCUAGCAAUAUCCACUUGUUUUGUUGGCGAGGGUUCUUCACUCCAGAAAUUUAUUCACGUGAAAUUUUUCAACUUCACAUGUGCUACUUUUAGAGGGAAAUUGUUUUGGAGGUACUGUCAUUAAUAAGAACGAUCCUCUUAUAGUUAACCUUACCUUAAAGAAGUUAAAAUGAAUAUUUUUGAGAGGGAUAUAUUUAUUAUAGUGGAUUGUAUUAAAUGCAUAAACAAUAAA